AUGGCCAAGAAAGUGCUGAUUGUGUAUGCCCAUGAGAGCCCUACCUCUUUCAAUGCUGCUGCCAAAGAUGCUGCUGUGGCAUCUCUGACUGCUCAAGGCUGCACUGUAGAGGUGUCUGACCUGUACACCAUGAAGUUCAAAGCUGCUGCUACUACUGAGGACAUCACUGGUGGAGUGAAGGAUGCUGAGAACUUCUGCUAUGCAAAGGAGAUCAAAUUGGCAUCAGAGGAGGGCCGACUUGCAGAUGACAUCAAAAAAGAGCAGGAGAAGCUCAAGGAGGCAGACCUUGUCAUCUUUCAGUUCCCCAUGUACUGGUCAUCUGUUCCUGCAAUCAUGAAGGGGUGGAUGGAUCGGGUGUUGGGCUUUGCCUACGCACAGGAGAAGCGGUACAGUGAGGGGAUCUUCAAGGACAAGAAAGCCAUGCUGUCCUUCACCACUGACUGUCCUGAAUCUGUGUACAGUGACACUGGCAUCAAUGGUGACAUCAGUGUCACACUGUGGCCACUGCAGAACGGGAUCCUGAACUACUGUGGCUUCCAGGUUUUUGCCCCUCAGAUCUUCUGGGAUCCUGCUGCUGGUUCUCCUGAAUCUCGCAGCUCCAUGCUGGAGGGCUGGCGCACACGACUGCAAAACCUCUGUGGGGAAGCCACUGUGUACUUUGCUCCCUUGGAUUACUUUGACAAGGAGAAGGGUUUCCUGAAGCCUGAGGUCAAAGAGAAAUAUGCCAGCAAAGAGUCUGGCCUCACAGUGGGGAUCCACAUGGGCAAGCCACUGCCAGCCAACAGCCAGACCAAGGCCGGGGUCUGA